UCAAAAUUUUGUUCAUGUAUAUUUUGCUGCUUUUCAUUCCUUUUUUAAUCUAUGAAGGUCAUUUUCUUUUGUCUAUAUGCUUCUAUGUACUUACCUUACAACAAAGGAACAACAACCAAUCUACUACCAAGAAAUGCAUUUGUGCCAGCAAUCAUAGCAUUUGGAGACUCUAUAAUGGAUCCGGGGAAUAAUAACUAUCUCAACACUUUUACCAAGGCUAAUUUUCCCCCAUAUGGAAAGGAUUUUCUUGGUGGAGAACCAACCGGGAGAUUUAACAACGGAAAAAUACUUGGCGAUUUUAUAGCCAAGGCAUUAGGAGUGAAGGAGUAUCUUCCAGCAUAUCUAGACAGUUACAUACAAGACAAAGAUUUUAUAACCGGUGUAAGUUUUGCUUCUGCUGGCACUGGAUAUGAUCCGCUAACUGCCUCACUAGCGUCAGUUAUAUCACUAUCACUUCAAGCGGAGAUGUUUAAACAAUACAUUGAAAAGCUCAAGAGAAUAGUUGGGGAAGGUGCUGCCAACAACAUAAUCACCAAUAGUGUGUAUAUUGUUUCAGCAAGCAGCAAUGAUUUCCUUACAAACUACUUUGCCAAUCCUAUUAGGCGAUCACAGUAUGAUGUCCCGGAGUAUGCUAAUAAGCUUGUAGAGUUCGCCGUAAGCUUUAUUCAGGAAAUACAUGCACUUGGAGCAAGAAGGAUUGUUGUAUUUAGCGCAGUCCCACUCGGGUGUGUACCAAUUGAGAGGACGUUACUUGGAGGAAAACACAGAAAAUGUGUCGAGAAGUUCAAUAGAGCAGCAAAAUUGUUUAAUAGCAUGUUAAGACCGCAACUUCAACUUCUUUCUAGCACUCUUCCACAAGCAAGGGUUACAUAUUGUGAUUGCUACAAUCCGUUAACCAGCAUCAUUGAAAAUCCUCACAUAUACGGAUUGGAAGUUACAAACUUAGGCUGUUGUGGAACUGGAUUGCUGGAGAUGGGUUAUGCUUGUAAUGAAUUUAGCGCGUUGUGCCACAACGACUCGGCAUACUUUUUUUGGGACAGUCUGCACCCAUCAGAGAAAGGAUGUGAGAUCUUUACAAAUCUAAUUCUACCAGAUAUAAUGAAAAGUAUUUUCUAAGAGCAUCUA